AUGGACACCCAAACUCAAACUAAGGUCACUGUUGGAUGCUCUUGCAACCCUUGCAAAUGCCAACCUCUCUGCAAAUGUGGAACUACUGCUGCUUGCAAUUGCCAACCUUGCGAAAACUGUGAUCCCUGCUCUUGCAAUCCUUGCAAAUGUGGUGUUACUGAAAGCUGUGGCUGCAAUCCUUGCAAGUGUGCUGAAUGCAAAUGUGGAUCUCACACUGAAAAGACUUCUGCUUGCAAAUGCAAUCCUUGUGCUUGUAAUCCUUGCAAAUGCGGUUCUACUUCUAACUGUAAAUGCAAUCCUUGCAAAUGUGCUGAAUGCAAAUGCUGA